UUUCUAAGUUUACAUCUGGUGCCAUGACUCGCUAUUCCAAUAUAGGGAGUGUUUCUCUCGGCUGAGUCAAUAGUAGAUUAUUUGAUUCAGACUCAACGCUGUGAUAGGGAUCCCUUUAGGUUGUUUUUGACUUUCUGACUGCUCCUUGGGAUCCAAACAGAUGAUCUACCCUUCGCCUAGUGGGACUAGCACCUUGAAGGAAUAGACUGAAAGCAUAAGGAAGGAAAUACAUUUAGAAGAGAUAUCAGUCAAAGCCAAGCAUCAAGGAAGCCAGCUUGAAUCAGGCCUACAAUGAGGACAAAUCUUCAGAAAUCCUUUAACUGAGUUAUCUUGCUAUUUAUAGAAAGUUAGUCAUUACAAGGUGCACUUCAUGCAGCAGCUCAUCACUUUCUUUGCAUGUAUCAGUCUCAGCAACUCAGAUGCACAAAUGCCCCUUCUAAAACAUCAUGAUCUUUUCUCAGUUUUCAGAGAUUUUCCAAAAAACACAUCUGUUUUAACAAAGGAAAAGCUUUAACCACGCGAAUCUGAAAUUAUUAAGAUCCAGAUCUCACACCAGGAAUUUGGAAUCUGUUCAGAGAUCAGGAGGAAGCCACUGGAGAUCAAGGAAACAUUGUUGGAUAUCAAUUAGGAAAAUGGAAACCAAGCUACAAAACAAUUACGCUAAUUCUGAGAUUGAGUACAUUUUGGAGAGAAGCUAUGAGUUUUGUGGACAACAUUUAUGGAUCAGUCAGAGCUCAAAUGCCCAGAUUGGGACAUCUGGUUUCAUAUGGGAAGCUGGUCUUGCUCUGUGUGAGUAUAUUGAAAAACAGAGGAUAAUCUUUAAUGGCAUGAAGGUGAUCGAACUGGGUGCAGGAACUGGAAUAUUAGGAAUCUUAGCAGUUCUGCUAGGAGGAAAUGUGACAAUUACAGACCAACCAAAUGUUUUGAAGCAAAUUGAACAUAAUGUUGUUGCCAGCAUCUCACCGUCCUGUAGAGAUCGGGUAAAUAUCCGUGCCCUAUCCUGGGGUCAUGAUCACAUUCAGUUUCCUCGUGACUACGAUUUCAUCUUUGGUGGAGAAAUUGUCUAUUUUCCAAAGACCUAUCCCUUACUAAUAAAGACUUUACAACAUCUCAGUAGUGAAAGAACCAUCAUUUAUCUUUCUUCAAAAAUGUGGCAGGACUUUCAGAUUAACAAAUUCUACGAAGACAUUCUACCUGAACAUUUUAAUUGCCAAAUUGUUGACAGAAAUGAAGAAAAUGACAUCAAUGUGUAUAAAGUGACCAAAAAGGUCCAUGCUCUGGGGAUUAGCUGUUAACACAGAGAGGCAGGUGUACAUUUUAUGUAAAGUGUCUCUUGGUGACCUUGAUGAUAGUUUUCAAUCAUUAUCUCUCGAAUGCUCAGUCUUAAAAAAUACUGUUCUGAUGUCUUAUGCCAUUGUUUCUCUUGUUUGUAUUUUGGAUGACUUUCCAACCCUCCUCAGAUUCUUUACCUGACCAAAGGCCCUUCAUCACGUGUGGAAUUAAGCCGUGAGAGUGAGUGGGAAUUAACCACACUUAGUACUGCCCUCAUUCUAUGUCAGCAUUGUCAGAUGUCACAAGAUAUGAAUCUAUUGGGAAUAUUUGCUGAUUCUUAUUUUUCCACCAGGAAUACUGAUCCAGUCCUGUUGCUCUGGCGGAGAUCAGCUAAUUAAUUGCUGACUUUGAAAUUGGAGUUUAUUGACUUGUAUGCAUCAGUUAUUACAAAGCUGUGCAGCAAUUAUUAAAGCUAAUUAAUUAAAAAUAGAGUGAAGGAAUCAACAACUUCUGGUCUCCAUGUCAUAAAAGAAAAGAGGCAGAUGAAGAUGUAAAAGAGGUUUGCUCAGAUGAUUCCAAUAAAAAGAUUAUUAAAAGGUAUG